GAGGCAACUUCGCGACCAAGAUGCAGUGCCGCCAGUGCUUCGCCCCCGCGCCGAAGCACAUCCAGGCGGCCAUCACGCGUGCGUCCCGCUCUUCACCGGUGCGGCGGCCGUGGCAGAGGGCCAACCCCCCAGCUGGGGGCAAGGCCGAAGGCAAGGGCAAGGAGAAGGGAGACAAGGGCAAGGACAAGGGCGUGGCUGGCCCCGCUCCUCGCGGCACUGCUGGCGCUGCUUGGGGCUACUUCGGGGCUGGCACUGACCUGCUCAAGUCCAAGGCAGCCGAGCAGCCCGACCCCAUCGCGGUGCUCGACAAGUCGAUCGGCAUGCUUGAGUCCCUCGCCGACCCCAGUCUCGGCUCCAUCAUCGAGGCCAAGCGGGCGGAGAGGGCGACCCUUGUCGCCCAGAAGCGGGCAGGCAAGCCUCUGCACCUGCAGCUGCAGGCACUGGAGGGCAAGAUGGCCGCCGCGCAGCGCAAGCUCGCACGCCAGCGCGAUGAGGUCGUGCCCGAGCUGCAGCAGCGCCUGGCGGAGGCUCAGCGGAUGCAGGAGGCGGCCAGCAAGGAGCUGGAGCAGCUGCAGGAGGAGAAGGCUCAACUGGCCAGGCGAAUCGUGGCGGAGGAGCAGGCCCCAGUGGGGGCAGCGGGUCCUCUCGGCGGUGGCCCCCAUUGCGGGCAGGCGGUCAUCAGCCAGCUCGUGGCCAACCUGGAGAAGCUGGUGGGGGGCACCGAGGGCGACGGCGACUCGGUGCCCAAACCACUCGUGGAGUCCCUCCAGAGCUUGCUCAAGCUGGUCAAGGAGCUCCCUCAGGCUUCGGCCGAUGGCGGCGGCGACGCAGUGGAGGAGCAGAAGCGCAAGCGAGACGAGCUGGUGGACCAGUACCUCAGCGGGCGUCUCUUCGAUGGGCCCGCGGGCCCGCCCUUGAUCGACUGGACCACCUACGGGGGCGGCCAGUUCUGGACGAGCGAGGGCCUCUACGAGGAGGAGCUGCACGGGGUUGGCUUCUCUGAGGGCGGCGGGGGCGCGUACUCUGGCCAGGGCGACGGCUACUGCGCGCCCGCGGCCAUGGGCAGGCAGCCGCCGCCCGUCGUGCCCAACACCUGUCAGUCCACCUACCUCGAGGGCAGGUCGCAGCGCGUUGGGGAUGACCCAGCGGGGCAGCCUCAGAGGCGCCGACGCACUCGGCGAGGAGACCGACACGUCAUCGCCGCCACCUUCAAUGCCAAUCUCUCCUGGGCUCGCGUCGAAGAGUUCAUGGAAGAGGAGAUCGACCAGCUCAUCAAGAGCGGCGGCGUCCCCGUCAUAGCGGUGCAGGAGCACGCGAAGCCCGCCGAGUGGUUCCGCGUCACUGCAGCGGCGCAAGAGCGACGGGGCUGGCGAGUCGUGGGCGCGCCUGCCGCGCGCGCGGCAGAGGGCGGCUACUCCGCGGGCGUGGCGCUGAUCACACCGCGCUGCCUGAGCCUCAGCCUGGCGCCAGGCAGGCUGUGCUUGGGCAUGACCGAGGUCAAGGGCAUUGGCUGGGUGGCCCUUUUCUCGGUGUACUUGUUCACGGGCAAGCCCGCUACCUGGGCCUUGAACGCGGCCCUGCUGGACACCAUCGUGCAUUGGGUCUGCCAGAUGAGGAUCCCCUGGAUGGCCAUGGGUGACUUCAACAAUGAGCCGCACGCCAUCCUCGACAGCCCCUGGAAUCAGGAGGCCAAGGGCCAAGUUCUGGCCUGGCAAGGGGGAGGAGGCACAUGCAGGUCCAAGGUGGUAAAGCAGGGCGUGGAGGAGAUUAAGGAUCGGGUCAUCGACUUCUUCUGGGUGGAUGCGAGGCUGGCCGUGAUCUUUUGCCCAGUGAAGUCCUUCGAGAACAUGCCCUACAGGCCGCGCAGGCCGACUUGGAUCCGCGCCGACAAGCCCUGGCACGCGUGCCAGAUCCAGAUUCUCAAGGGCCCCAAGCAGUACCCCAUCACCAGGCCGCCACCUGUCAGGCAGCCCGAGAUCCCGCAGGGCUACCCCAAGCUCGACCUGCUCCACGGUUCGCAGCAGCACCUGGACCAGUGCUGGAGGGGGUUUUGCUCUGCAGCUGAGGCCGAGCUUCGAUCUCUGUUCGGCUGGACGGAGUUGGAGGCACGCAGGUAUGAAGGCCGAGGCUUGACUCCCGAGGUGGUGCAGAGACAGCUUCUUCCGAAGCAUGACAGCCCCGUGGCUGAUCGAGGUCCUGCCAGGGCCUGGCGUUGGGCCGCGGGGGAACUGGCCUGGAUAGGCCAACUCGUCUGCUGCGUCUUGCGGGGCCAGUCGGUGCCCAAGGCCAAGUCGGAGGCCCCGGCGGGCCAGGCUACCACCUCGGGAGAAGGGCCUCCUCGAUCCUACAACGAGGAGGUCACAGGCCAGCUCAGACGGGCCUGGAGGAAGCUGCUCCAGGCGAGGCACCACUGGGACCAGCUGGAGCCCUGGAGCGCGGGGUUACUGCCAGCGCUGCGCACCCUCGCCGACGUGGAGCCCCACUUCAUCGGCACGCAGGCCAUCUACGCGCUGCAGCAGUUCGCCAAGGUGCGGGCCCAGACCUGGGAGCAACACCUCAUGCGGCAGCGCUCCAAGCGGUUCUACGAGCGCCUGAGCGCGAAGUUCCCAGGCUCAGGGGGCUACUUGCACCGCAUCUGCCACUGGAAGCAGGCGUGGAAGGAGCCCAUCUCGUCGGCCAAGAAGCUGAAGCUGCCAGCGGGCCCGCAGCUCGCGGUCAAUCAGGAGGCGCAGGAGUGGGCUAGCAUUUGGCGCGCUGGGUCAGGUGACUACACCAAGUUGUGGCAGGACACUCAGGUCCAGGCCCAACGGAUGGCCCACGCGCAGGAGCUGCCCAUCAUCGACGCGAUGCAGGUGCGCACCAUAUGCCGCAGUUACACAUGGAAGACUGGGCUCGGGCUUGACGGCUGGCACUUCGGGCACCUGGCCUGGCUCAGUGACGAGGCUUUGACCAGCCUCGGGGACAUCCUCAUGCUGUGCGAGCGGCUCUGCUCGUGGCCCACGGCCAUACGCAUGCUCAUACUUUUCCUGGUCGCCAAGGAAGACGGCGGCGGCAGGCCCAUCACCCUUUUUCCCACGCCAGUGCGCAUCUGGGAGGCUGUUCGUGAUCCCUUGAUUCGGCGGUGGGAGCGGGUUCACGUGAGGCCCUACGACUGGGCAUCACCAGGGCGCAGCAGUGAGCAUGCUGUUUGGAGAGCGAUGUUGGACGACGAGGCCUUGGAAGGCACCUGCUUCGCGUCCCUCACCGCCUUGAUGGAUUUGGAGAAGGCGUAUGAAUAUGUAGCGCUCAAUUUGAUUUGGAUUCUAGGCAUGGUGCAGCAAGCACCCAUGAGUGUCUUGGCCCUUUCUCUGGAGUCGUACGCUUUCCCUCGGGCGGUCCGAAAGGGCCAGGCCGUCGCAGACGCCAUUUGUACCCGCGUGGGGUUGCCCGCUGGGUCGAAGUAUGCCAAUCGCUUACUGAAGAUUGUGCUGCAUCCGAUCCUGGACGUCGUGGCCCGAUGGCCAGGGGCCAAGCUGGAGAUCACGAAGUUUGUGGACGACUUAGCCCUGCGGAUGGUGGGCAGGAGCGCACAGCUGAGGGUGAUCUUCCCCGACCUGGCCCGCACCCUCAUCCGCCUCUUGGAGUCGCUGCUGCAGCUCAAGGUCUCGAAGGGUGAGGGAGGCAAGUCGAAGUUCGUCUCCAGCGACGGCUCCUUGGCACAGGAGCUGGCACAGCCCACGGCGGACAUCGGCCUGCAGCACGGCGAGAGCGAGCGCUGGUUGGGCGUGGACUACCAACCCCAGGGCCCUCGGAAGAAGGCCACCAGAGCCAGACGGGUCAAGACUGCUCGAGGCCGCUGGCACAAGGCGGCGGCCCUCAAGCGGCGAGGGGUGAGGGUACGCCUUGUGGUGCAGCAAGGCCUCAAAGCGUCAGUUGCGUAUGGGGCGACCUGCGCUGGCACCCCUCCUGCCGUCCUCAAGUUCGUCAUGGCCGAGACAGCUGCUGUGCGUGCGGGGGCUGGGACCUUUCGUUCGGGCACGUUGGGCUGGGCGAUCGCGCCGAGGACGGACGGCGCCGGGCAGCUCAGGAUCGCCCCUCUUCGGGCAUGGCUACGCGAGGCCUGGGACCAGCCCGAGAGACGGAAGGAGAUGGCCCACGCGUGGGGCCGUCAGUGGCCCAAGGUGCAGCGUGCCCUCACCUAUGGCCCCGCCAAGUUCGACGCCUGGAAGAUGGUGCGGGGGCCAGCGGCUGCCACCAUUCUGACGGUGCACGAGCUGGGAUGGCACAUGGAGGACGCCUGGACCAUCCUCGACGGCGUCCACGGCAAGUGGGACAUCCGCGAGGUCGCCCCCCUCGAGAUCCUGCGGUCUGCAGAGAGGGCGGUCGCAAAGAAGAAGCUCAUGGACUGGGCGCUCGCUGAUGAGGAGCGCCAGCCGCUCCGACCCACUCCCUUCCUGUUGCCAGUCAAGCAGCUCAUGCGCUCCAAGCCCACGGAGACCUGGACGAGACACCACAUCAACAGUGCCAGGACGGUCGCGCUAGGAAGUUACCCUGUACAGACGGUGUGCUACGAGCGCGGCCAGGUCACGAGUCCUCUGUGCCCUUUGUGCGGCAAGAAGAAGGGCACUUUGUUGCAUGUGUAUUUUCUUUGUGAUGCAGAUGUGUGCGUCACGAUUCGUGAUGGGCUCACGGAGCCGACUCUCAAGAACAGUUUUCGGGACGUGGUGCAUUUGGGCGAGACGGCCGCCACGAAGGAGGAGCAGGGCUGCAGAGGCGGUGACACGCUCUUCUGGAAAUUGGCUCGCGGCCUGAUCGCGGACCCCGUGGCCGACUUCCAGGUGCCCACGCCGCCCGACGAGUACCAGUGGGGCGACCCUGACGGCGAGAUGGUGCUGUCGGGCUGGGUGGCCACGGACGGAUGCGUCCUGUCCCCCGGCGUGGAGGAGGUUUCCACGGGAGGCUUCGCCGCCAUCACCUGGAGCGCUGAAAAGAAAAGUGAGAUUCAGUCAUUGUUCGGUGCUGUGCCAGUUGCGAGGCCCACGUCGGCCCACUGUGAGAUCUGGGCUGUGUACCAGGCUGUAAAGCACUCGGUAGGGCUCGUAGGGCUCCUGAUAGAUAGCAAGCAGGUCGUUCAGGGGCUCUUGGCAGGCAACGAAUUUUGUGUGAAUAGCGAGCAGAUGACCGCGCACCUUUGGAAGCUUGUUUGGGAUGCCCUGGAGGAUCA